AUACAUCAUAGGAUGUCGAUAAAGACCACUUAUUUGGCUGUUUACAACACUGUUUCAGGCCUCCUCUGGUUUACCAUAGCUAUAAGAACACUCAUAGAUGUGGCAGGUCUCGUUUUUCCAGGAUCAAAGCUUGCAUCUCACCUGGUUUAUUCGACCCAUGCAUACGAUGGGUUUCCCCACAAAUUACUUGUGUACACCCAACUGCUCAAUGCUGUGCUCGAGAUUGGAAACAGUCUGUUAGGAAUCACUCGCUCGAAGGUGAGCAUCACGUCUCUUCAGUUUUUCGCCCGCUGUUCAAUCACAAUUGGGGUUUGUUAUUUGACUCCCGAAAGUAAGGGCAAUUUCAACCCCCUUGUGUUCCCAGCACUUGUGUUGACUUGGUCUGCGGCUGAGAUCAUACGGUAUCCGUAUUAUACCCUCAAAGCUUUGAAUAUCAAUCCGCCUGACUGGUUGGACUGGUUGAGAUAUUCUGGUUUCUUGGUGUUGUAUCCGUUGGGAUUGGCAACAGAGCCAGUGGUGAUUUACGACUCACUCGAAUACGUGAAGUCGAUGUUUCACUACUACUUCUUUGUGGUCGGAUUUACGUUAUACAUCCCUGGCUUUUACUUCUUGUAUACGUAUAUGUUGAAACAAAGAAAACGGGUGCUCCGCAAAAAGACCGAAUGAGGUUCAUCUAUGGUUUCAGAAAAGAUCUACUGGAAAGAACACAAGCUUAUUUCAGAGUUCAAGCAAAUGUUGACUUAUCAGAUCCAAAACUUCCUCAUCAUAUUAUAACAAUUAAGGUGUGCAAAUUUUUGUUUGUUGU